CGCGCGGACGGGCUCGGGGCUCGCUCGCCGGUCCGGCCGCGCCCUGGCCCGCUCCUGCCCCGCCGUGCGCCCAGCGGUUCCGCGUGCCAGGCCGCCGUCGCCGCUAUUGGGCGCGCUGGGGCCAGAGCACGAGUCGGAGCCGCGGCGGGAGCCAGUGCCCGGUGGGCCGGGGGCGCGGGCCGGGGCGGCGGCGCUGGCCCCUGGCCGGGCGCAGGGCUAGGUCCUCGGUGACCGCGCCGCCCAGGCGAUGCCAGCGGGGACGUCGCCGGCCACCGGAGUGAGGUGCUGCCCGCCGCCACCAUGACCGAGGGCGUGCUGGCCGCCGACGAAGUCCGGGUGCCCCUGGGCGCGUCGCCCCCGGGCCCUGCGGCAGCGGCGGCGGGGGCAUCUCCGGCGAGCCCUGGGGCACCCGGGCGCGAGGCGGAACGGGGAUCCGGGCCCGGCGUGUCGCCUCCCGAGAGCCCGGCAGCUGAGCGCGGUGCGGAGCUUGGCGCCGACGAGGAGCAGCCUGUCCCGUACCCGGCUCUGGCGGCCACUGUCUUCUUCUGCCUUGGGCAGACCACGCGGCCGCGCAGCUGGUGCCUCCGACUGGUCUGUAAUCCAUAUCCUUUCAGGGCCGACGGGGCGCGGGGGUUGUGGGCAUGGGACCCCCUGUGUGUGCGCGGCUGUGCGCCCAGGCUCGCGGGAUCGUGUGCCGGGCAAGGACGUCAGACAGCACACCACGAGAGAGGUGGUGGGGGGGGGGAUGUCAAUGGGGGUCGCCUGUCAGGACUCGCGCGGGAGGUCUGGGUUCAGUGCCAGCUUGGGACAGGAGAGAAUGGGAAGAAGCGGCGAGGCCGCUGCAGACUUAAGAGGGAAGGAGAGGUAACUGUGUGCCCCACGGGUGGAGCCAGGACCGGAAUCCCUCUCCGGUUUUCUGAAUACCCGGCUUGA